UCGAGCGGUGCGGACGUACGUCUGUGGGCUCGCGUCAUUUGGGGUGCAUCGUCGUCCUUUCCCACGAGGACGUGUGAUAAUCCUUGCUAAGGAUCGUGUGCGCGUACCGGAUCUGGAACCGGUUUUUUUUUGUCUGUGCAUUAGUUUUAUGUAGCAAGAAGCAAUAUUGUGUGUUCUUUGGUGUGUAUCCCCAUCGUGCAAAAGGUUGUGUUGUGUGUGCGCGAGUGAUCAAAGCAAUCCAUAUUUCCUCGUAAUCACCAAUGAUGCUGUGUUGUCGAAAGUGAGAAGUGGUUUUUAGUGCGAAUUCCGUGUGAUAUCAAGCAUUUUUCAGCAGCGUACACCUCAGUUCGAGAAAAGUUGGGUGUUGCCGCGGAUCUCGUGGCGAUCGCGUCGUCGUCGUCGUGGAAGCUUGUCUGUCAGUGUGUUGGUGCAAGUUCGCGGAACGGUGUACCCUCCACUCGAGCGGCGGUGGCCUGCUCAGGGUGGGCGCGAACGUUUAAAGCAACAGUGAGAAACAGAACACAAUAACGAUCUGGCUGUGUAAAACACAUAUCCAACGCCAUGAAGGCUAGUAAGCAUCCGACCACCCGCGGGUCGGAUGCAAGGACAACACCGCUGCUGCUGCUUCUAUGCUUGUUCAUCGCGUCCCAAGCGAACCUUCUCGUGCAAGCGCAACAAUCCCAACCACAGUCGAACGAUGUCAAUCGCUACAACCCGCAGGACCCGUUUGGUGGCCGACAGCAGUACAACCCACAGUAUCCAAGCAGUCAGUACGAUCCGAACACACGCACCAACCAAGGACUUCCUCCGUCGCAGUCUUCCGGCACGAACUAUCAGCGUGACUACUACGGCAACAAUGCUGUAAAUGGCAACAACCAAGACUCGAACAGCAUCGACAGCAAUCGGUUCGGGCAGGACAACCGAAAUGUGGUCCUGCAGUCGACGACACCGCGCGAUUACUUCAACCGCCAAACGACACCACCGUUCCGCACGCGCACUUCGAACCGCAAUCCGUUCUCCAACAACGACUACGCCGCCGGCAACUCGUUCUCCCAGGGCAUUACGUACUUUAUCGUUGCGUCGAAAAUGGUACGCCCGGGGCAGGUGUACAAGGUGGCGGUGUCGGUGCUAGAAUCGCACCUGCCGCUUACGGUGCGCACCAGUAUUUCGCGCGACGGCGUCGAGCUGAGCAGCGAGACGAAACCGAUCACGGUCGGUGUGCCGGAAACGAUGCUGAUGCGGGUGCCACCGACCAGCGUGGUGGGCGAGUACAAGCUGCGGGUGGAGGGCUCGUACGACAAGAACUUUGGCGGGUACGUGUUUGCGAACGAGACGAAGCUGAUCUUCUCCCAGCGCUCGAUGACGAUCUUCGUGCAGACGGACAAGCCGGUGUACAUGCAGGGCGAAACGGUGCGGUUCCGGGCGAUCCCGAUCACGACCGAGCUGAAGGGCUUCGACAAGGAGAUGAACGUGUACAUGCUCGAUCCGGCGGGGCACAUUAUGCGGCGGUGGCUGUCGCGCCAGUCGAACCAGGGCUCGGUCAGCCUGCAGUACCAGCUGUCGGAUCAGCCGGUGUUUGGCGAGUGGAAGAUACGGAUUGAGGCGCAGGGCCAGAUCGAGGAGGCCCGGUUCAACGUGGAGGAGUACUACCAGACGCGGUUCGAGGUGAAUGUGACGAUGCCGGCCUUCUUCUUCAACACCGAUCGGUACAUUUACGGGCGCAUUAUGGCGAACUUUACGAACGGCACGCCGGUGAAGGGCAAUUUGACGCUGAAGGCAACGAUCCGACCGAUCGGGUUCUUCAAUCCGGAAGCGAUCAAUCAGAUGAAUCGCGUCGGCAAUCUGGGGCGACUGACGAACCUGAACCAGAACGUGCCUUAUUAUCUGCAGAAGACGAACCCGGAUCUGCUGAACCAGUACAACCCGCAGAAUAGCUUUAGCAGUCAGAUCGGAGGACGCGAUCAGGGCGGAUACGACGGCGUUGGGCAGGGGUACGACGGGCGCUACUCGUCGAAUAACUUCCAGGACUCGUACGUGAUCGAGCGCCAUCUGAACUUUGACGAAGAGUGGCCGUUCUGGAUCAAGAAGCCGGUCGAGAGCGACUCGCAGUGGGACUCGUGGACCAACACGUACCGGGACAGUUUGCCGUAUCUGCGCUUCUUUAACGGCACGUACAACUUCCGCUUCCCGAUGGCCGAGCUGGCCCAGCUGGUGCCGAACCUGUCCGGGAUGGAGAUCCUGUUUACGGCGCGGGUUGGCGAGCGGUACUACAACGAGAUUGUGGAGGGCUACUCGCUGACGCGCGUGUACAACUCAUCGAUUCGUAUCGCUUUCCUGGGAGAUUCACCACAGGUCUUCAAACCAUCGAUGCCGUUUACCGUGUACCUGAUCGCGGAGUACCACGACGGAUCGCCCCUCCCGCUGGAUGAGUUCAAUGCGGGGCGCAUGGAGGUGUCCGGUACGAUCGAUAGUCGCGCCUCCGGCGGGCGCAAUUCCUUCGACAGCCGCGUCCUGCACAUGUCGCAGAAGGCGGGCGUGUGGGAGCUGAAGCUCGACAUCCGGCACGAUCUGAACCUGGAGAACACGAAGCAAACGAACGAAUUCUUGAACGAAAUCCAAUCGAUGCGGUUGGUGGCGAACUACAUCGACCCGUCGGGCGAGCGAGCCUCGACCGAGCUGCUGUUACUUUCGCACUUCUCACCCAACAACCACAACAUCAAGGUGCACACGAGCACGGCGGACGCGAAGGUGGGCGAGUACAUAACGCUGCACGUGCAGAGCAACUUCUACAUCAAGGACUUCAACUAUCUGGUCAUGUCGAAGGGCAUCAUCCUGGUGACGGGGCACGAAAACAUGAAGGGCGGCGUCAAGACGAUGGCGAUCACGCUGAGCGCGGAGAUGGCACCGGCCGCUACGAUCGUGGUGUGGCACAUCGGGCGGUACGGGAAGCUGCUGACGGACAGUUUGACCUUCCCGGUGAAUGGCAUUUCGCGCAACAAUUUCACGGUGUUCAUUAACAACCGGAAGGCGCGGACGGGCGAGAAGGUAGAGGUGGCGAUCUACGGGGAGCCGGGCUCGUACGUGGGUCUGUCCGCGAUCGACAAUGCGUUCUACACGAUGCAGGCGGGCAACGAGCUGACGUACGCGAACGUCAUCCAGAAGAUGCUGUCGUUCGAUGAGCACACGAACGGGACGUUCAAGAAGACGUGGAUGUCGCACGACGGCGAUCCGGAUGAGCUGGUGUACUAUCCAGCGUCGACGUUCGGGAUCGAUGCGAACAGGACGUUCGAUUAUGCGGGGCUGGUUGUGUUCACGGAUGGAGUGGUGCCGAUGCGACCGACGAUUUGUGAUGCGGCGCUGAACUACAGUGAGUGUUUGAAUGGGCGCUGCUAUCGGACGGACAAGCGGUGCGACGGGUACAUGGACUGUGAGGACGGGACGGAUGAGGCUGGGUGUAGCACGCGCAACGAGACACUGCUGGUCGAGUUCCGCAAGUUCCGGUUCAACCGGAUCCUGCGCCACUAUCAGAACGUUUGGCUGUGGAAGGACGUGAACAUUGGGCCGCAUGGGCGUUACAUCUUCAAUCUGGAUGUGCCGCAGGUGCCAGCGCUGUGGUCGGUUUCGGCGUUCGGGAUUAGUGGGACGCGCGGGUACGGCAUGAUACGCAAACCGAUCGAGUACGUGGGCAUUCAGCCGUUCUUCAUCAAUGUGGAGAUGCCGACCGCCUGCCAUCAAGGUGAGCAGGUGGGCAUAAGGGUGGCGGUGUUCAACUACCAGACGGUGGACAUCGAGGCGACGGUGGUGCUGCACAGCUCGCCCGACUAUCAGUUCGUGCACGUGGAGGAGGACGGUAUAGUGCGGUCGUACAAUCCGCGCACCUCGUUCGGCGAGCAUCAGUUCUACAUCUACCUGAACGCGCAGGACUCGACUAACGUGUAUCUGCCGAUCGUGCCGACACGGUUGGGUGAGAUCGAGGUAACGAUCCACGCCUCCACGCUGCUCGGUGCGCAUCAGAUCAGCCGCAAGAUUACGGUGGAGGCGGACGGGCUGCCACAGUACCGCCACCAGUCCAUCCUGCUCGAUCUGCGCAACCGUGCCUAUCUGGUGCAGUUCAUGCAUGUGAACGUCACGGAAACGCCCAUCAUCCCGUACGAGAUCGAUCGGUACUAUGUGUUCGGUUCGAAUCGGGCGCGCAUCUCCGUCGUCGGCGAUGUGGUCGGCGCCAUCUUCCCCACCAUGCCCAUCAACACCACGUCGCUGCUGGAGCUGCCGAUGGAUGCGGCGGAACAGAACAUGUUCAGCUUUGCCGCCAACUUCUACACCAUCAAGUACAUGCGGGCCAGCACGCUGCGCGACAAACGAACGGAAAAGCAAGCGUUCCACUUUAUGAACAUACUGUACCAGCGGCAGCUGAGCUACCUGAUGGAGGACGGUGGCUUCUCGCUGUUCCGUGCCGACUGGAACCAGUCCGCACCGUCCGUCUGGCUCACUGCGUACUGUGCGCAGGUGUUUGGCGAGAUGGCGGGGUUGUACGAGUACGAGAACUUUAUCUUCAUCGAUCCGUACAUGAUACAGAAGAAUAUGCAUUGGCUGUUGCGCCACCAGAAGGAGGAUGGCUCGUUCUGGGAGGAAACGUGGCUGCCCGACCGGAAGGCAAACAGUUCCGCGUUCUUUUCGCGCAACGAUGUGGUGCGUGAGAAGAAUGUAACGCUAACGGCGCACGUGCUCAUAACGCUAACGACCGUUAACUUGCCAGCUGGGAGACUUGCGGCAAGGGUAGCGUUAUCACAGCAAAGAGCGUUACAGUACUUGCAGCGCAAUUUGGCCACGAUAAAGGAGUCCGGUUCGACGUACGAAAUAGCAAUCGUCGCGUACGCACUGAUGAUAGCGAAGGCACCGAAGGCGGAGGCCGCUUUUACGAUGCUUUCUGCAAAGAUGCGAUCAAUUGGCGAAUUUAACUACUGGGGCGAAGAGGAAGUGCCACUGCCACCGACCAAGCUGGAAAAUCAGCGCUACUUCUCGCUGCCCCGCCUGCCGUACAAGUACGACUCGCUCAACAUUCAAACGACGGCUUACGCGCUGCUGACGUACGUGUCGCGGCAAGAGAUACACGUCGAUCCGAUCGUGGCAUGGUUGAACGCCCAGCGCCUGACCGACGGUGGCUGGGCCUCGAGUCAGGAUACGGGCAUGGCGAUGAAGGCACUGACCGAGUACAGUACGCGCAAUCGCGUUUCGAACGUGACGCAGCUCGCCAUCAAGGUGGAGGCAACGUCCCUGCCCGGCGAAACGAAGCAGCUGUACAUUACGCGCAAGAGCUUGGCUCAGCAGCAGUUUUUGGAUGUCCCUAAUGCUUGGGGUACGGUGCGAGUGGAGGCAACCGGUGUCGGCUAUGCCAUCCUUCAGAUGCACGUCCAGUACUCGGUCGAUACGUACAAGUUCCAGACGCAACCGCCCGUGCCGGCCUUCGAUCUGACCACGCGGACGAUCUUCCACGGCAGGAAUCAGUCGCACAUUAGCGUACCGUCAUCUGUCAGCGCUCGGUACAGUCAGCGGGUGCGCAAUCUGCAGCGGGCUCGCUUCCAGGAGCGAAAGGUGCUCUUCUACUUCGACUAUCUGGAUAACGAUUAUGUUUGUGUGAACUUUACACUGGAACGAUGGAUGCCGGUAGCCAACAUGUCACGCUACCUACCGAUCCGUGUGUACGAUUACUACGCGCCAGAACGCUUCAAUGAGACCAUCUUCGAUUCGCUGCAAACCUACCUGCUGAACAUCUGCGAAGUGUGCGGCAGCUCGCAGUGCCCGUACUGCUCGAUCUACAACAUUGCCGUCCGCUUCCCGGGCUCGAUCGUGCUGAUGCUGCUGACCGGCAUCGUGCUCGUGGCCCGCCACUACCGAAUAGUCAAUCCAAAUGGGUGGAUUUUCCUCAACGAUUAAUAUCGCGAUCGAAGAAGCGCAAACUGUGUAAAUAUACAAACAACAAACCUUUCCCCACUUUUGGAUUCCUCCCUACGCUUCCGCCGGGGGAGAGGAAUUGAUUCCAUUCAAGCAAAAAACAAUCACAGAAUAUCGAAUGAGCGAGAAUCUCCUUAUAUCAAUACUUGUUGCGUCCGUUUUUUUUUUUGCUAGUAGAGUAGUUAUACGUUUUCUUUUUAAGCUAGUUUUUAGGGGUUAAUAGACACACUUAACAACAGCACCAUCCAUCAUCACCGUCCGGCAGCCAUUCAAAGGACACAGAUUUUUUGUUUUGAAAUAGGAAAAAAACAGGAUAAUCCAAACUUGAUCAAUCACAAUUUAUACAACACCGUGUAGAGAAACAGAAACAAAAGUUUUGUUGCUAUCUGCCCUAAGAAAAUGUGGACAAAAUAAGCAAUUCUUUUUUUUACAAAGACUAGCAACGUAAGCUUUUUUGUGAACAUGAAAGUAAGAAUUUCACUGAUUUAGCAGCUCCGUCUUUUCCCCCCCCUUGACUUAUGUGUCUUAUCGUUUUUUUUUUUGUUUUUUGUAGAAGGAACUCUAACGCGCUAAUAGUUUCCGUUUAAAUAGAAUAAAUUUAAGCUCACAACUUAAGAAAUUGCGAAAGCGGAGAGAAGUCGGAAAGGAAGCUUUAUUUCUUUUCUCAACUCUCUCCUUUCGUAAAAAAGCAAAACAAAAGAAGGCCGUCCAUUUUGAUUCUGGUCAACGUAUCAAUUCGUGUUCUUUUUUUUUAAUAUUAAAUUUACUUAUUUUUUUAUAUGUUUUUUCACUUCUUGUGCGCGAAUGAACUUUUUUUUUAUAUAAAAUAUACCGUUUUGUUUUAAGUAGAGAGCCAGAGGAAAUGCAAAAGUAGUUCGAUGUAGUAAAACGAAACAAAAGUCGUUAAAAAAGGUACGCGCAAACCAUUUUUAACGCAAAAGGAGAAAAAGAACGAUAACACAAUUUUGAAAAAAACAAAAAAUACAAUUUUUGCUAAAGAAAAACAGCUAACAACUAUUUUCAAAAGUAACCGUUUGAAAAUGAAAAGAAAAUGCAAUGGAAAGUAGAAGAGAAAAUGCAGCUUUUUUGUGUAGUGAGAAGGAAAAGGAAAUAAGCAAAGGAGGAGUAUAACGAACGAUACAAAUUGUUAAGGUGCCUUAGAGCGUCGUCGUUUACCUUUUUACAAACCACCAACCAUACACGGACCUCUCUCGUUAAUUGAGCGACCUCCACACGCCAUCAUAACAAAACAAUAGCAAGGAAGAAGAUUGUGUGUGUGAGCCAUUUUCUUACCACAAAAGUAUUUUUUUUCCAGCUAAUUUAAGAAGCGCGCCAUCACUAAAUAAGAGGAGCGAGAGAGAGAGAGAGAGAGGGUACAUCAUGUAUUGGAAUACACCGAUCAGCUGAGAGAAGGUCCCGUGCGGGAGCUGUAUUGAACGAAAACAGCCAAUAGAAAGAAGAGGAAAUGGAUACAGAAAAAUUGGAAAUAAAUAAUGGAAGCAAUGAA